AUGGACACAUUGGCGGUCCAUUUUGGCAAAAUGAGCUUUGUUCUGUGGCUUCACUGUUUGGCUGAGGAAAAGGCUCCUGGGUAUGAGAGAGGCUGGGCUUUGGCUGAGGAAAAGGCUCCUGGGUAUGAGAGAGACACCUUGGAUGUCCAGGACUCUGUGGGAAAAAACCCACAGCCAGGACUUGGGGGAGCAGCUGGUCACAGCCAGGGAUGUCGCUUAGAGCAGGUGGCCCUGGCAUGUGGUUCCCUGCCCUGUACAUCAGGGUGGUUGCAAAAUCGGUUUGACGCAGCCACGGUUCAGACCGGCCAGCCUGACGGCCAUCCGACAGGAGCACACAAGCGUCUGCAGCUGCGUGGCUGGCCUGUCUUCCCCCGACUCCUUUUCCUCUUUUCUUUAUUUUCUCUCCUCUUCACUCUUUCAGGGGUACUAGGGACAAGGACAAGGUCCUCGUCAUAUGGUUGUUACCAGAAAAGGAGUCCCAAUCCAGAUCCCAAUAGAGGGCUCUUGGAUCUCGCACAAGAAAGAAUUCAAGAUGAGAGAUCAAGAAAUAUUAUCCAGUGGCUCUAUGCAGUUCAAAGGGUGGAAGAAAGAAGACCCAGUCAAGGUUUUUGGAUUGGCAGUCUCCAGGUGACAUCUGGUUUUUCUGCCUCCCCCCGAAGGUGGAACAGCAUUGGAAUGAAAAUGGGUCAUUUGGAGAAUUAAGUAAGCAAAUCCAUGAAAUGUGCUGAACGCUCCAGCCAGGGACUACCACCAUGGUAGCCACCAUCAAGGAUAAAGGUUGUAUGCAGGCUGGAGGGGCAGACACAACUAACAGUCUUGUAUGUCCAGCUCAUCAAGAGAAAGACCAACAAGGUGCAGAGAGGCACAAGAAAGAGUUGUAGACACCACCAGGGACUGAGAGGUUAAAGGAAUUAUUAGUCUGCCUUAACAACAUAAAACAAAGUCUUUUUAGAAUGGAAUUGCUACCUCAAAAAAGAAUAAGAAAGUUUAAAAAUCCAGCAGUCUAAUCAGGGGAAGUUUAUGUUUACUUAGGGCUUGAAGCCAAGGGCCAACCAUGCUCAUUCUGUCUACUAUGGGAGCUUCUGUUAAAAAGUUUGUCAACAGCGAAUCAUUAUUCUUUCAGUCAAGAAAACACUACUCUUAAUGUCUUAAAAUACAGAUUUUGGGAAAUAGAUGAACAACUGUGAUGCAUGCAUAUGUGUGCACGUAAGUUGGGGUAGAGUGCACCAAUUUUGCCAUUGGCAAGUGGACAGGUUACACUUACAUAUGUUUAUAGCAAAACUUAAUUGAAUAAUUUUAAAAAUUAAAUUGAGAGAAGUCACUGAAUAUAAGAAUAGCAUA